UAAAAUUCUAAUUAUUAAAAAGUGAAUGGAUAUGUUUAUCAAUCUGUUGAUCAUGCAUGAAAACUAUGAUCAGGUAUCAUUACCUCCCUUUAAUUCAAUUAAAAUUCCAAUUUCUUGUGAUAUGUCCAUGAAGAUCAUUGAGGUCAUAAAGAAAUUUGAUGAGAUUACACAUGAUAGAAAAGCUCUUUAUCUUAGAGAAGAAGAUGCCCCUAGGCGACCUCGUUCCAAUGAUGCUAUGAAGAGGCCACUAAGUAGUUCUCUUGUGCUUGAAUCUGAUGUUUUUGGAAGGGAUGAGGAAAAAAGAAAGAUAAUUCAAUUGUUAAUGUCUCAUUCUGAGAAGGAGAACAUUGUUAUUCCCGUUGUCGGCAUGGGGGGUGUGGGAAAGACGACACUUACUCAACUUGUAUACAAUGAUCCUGAGGUAUGCCAGCAUUUUAGCCUAAAGGUUUGGGUUUGUGUCUCUGAACAAUUUGAUGUUCUGAGAAUAACAAAAGAAAUUGUGUCAUCCAUUCUGGAUUCAUCCAAGUACAAUGAUAAUAAUAACUUGAAUUAUCUUCAAUGUAAACUCAAGGAUGCUUUGUUAAAUAAAAAAUUUCUUCUUAUUCUUGAUGAUGUCUGCAAUGAGAGAGUAGAUAUAUGGGAAGCCUUACGAGCCCCCUUUUCUGGUACUGGAGUGAGAAAGAUUAUUAUAACAACUCGAUCUAUAUCAGUUGCUCACAUUAUGCAAACAGUGUCCCCACUUUAGCUUGAAUGCUUGCAUGAAGAGGAGUCAUGGUUAUUGUUCCAAAGACAUGCUUUCCAUGGUUGGAAGUUUGAUCA